UUCGUGAAGCCUGACGCGGGCUGGAAGAGGCCGCGGCGUAUCCAGCCCACGCCGUACCGCCUGGAGACGGAGGAGAAGGUGGGCCCGGCCAGGCCGCCGUUUUUCCCCCCGGAGCCUGGUCAGGUCUCUGCACAGCCAGAACGGCACUGCGGGAUCGGGUUUAAGGCUUUUCCGUGACUCACAGUGUUUUGUCGAUAUAGCAGUGUUACUCGGGAUGAUUAUUGGUAUAACUGCAGCAGCGUACAGGUUGGAAAGUAUAUAUCUGUAGUUUUAUCAGAGAGCCAGGGUUUGAAGAGCAUUGCCAGAGAAAACGGGCCUCGCUUCCAGUGGCUCCUCCCGCAGAACAAAUAGGAAGCUUGCUUUGAAAAUACUGCUCCUUUGCCUACGUGUGUCACUCGUUGUGCUCUGCUGUUCAGUGCAGAGAAGGUCAGAGCAUUCAUGGAAUAUCUUGAGCUGGAAGGAACCCACAUGGAUCAUCGGCGCCAAGUCCUGGCCCUGCGGGAGGGCCGGACACCCCAGCAGUCGCACCCGAGAGCCUCGUCCUAAAGCCCCGGAGCUCUCCUGGGGCUGUGACCGCUGCUCUGGGGAGCCCGUUCAGUGCCCUCUUGUCACUGCUCACACAGAGGAGAGAUCCGUGCUGCCCCUCACGAAGGAGCCCGAGACUCCGAUGAGAUAUCCUCUGCUGCCUGUGGUUAUGGAUUCACACUGCUGGCCUCUAAUACCACGAACAUCACCAAAGUGUGGGGUAUGGGGCUCAACAAGGAUUCCCAGCUUGGAUUCCAGAGGAGCAGAAGAGAUAAAACUAAGGGCUAUGAAUAUGUCUUGGAACCGUCUCCAAUUCCAUUACCACUGGAGAAGCCGCAGCAGACUCGAGUCUUGCAGGUGUCCUGUGGGAGAGCCCAUUCCCUGGUCCUGACAGAUAGUGAAGGAGUUUUCACAAUGGGAAACAAUUCUUAUGGACAGUGUGGCCGGAAGGUUAUUGAAGAUGAAAUUUACAGUGAAAGCCACCUCAUUCAUCAGCUGAAGGAGUUUGACAGCAGAGUUGUCCAGGUAGUGUGUGGGCAGGACCACAGCCUGUUUAGAACCAAGAAAGGUUCAGUCUAUGCAUGUGGAUGGGGAGCUGAUGGACAAACAGGUCUUGGACACUACAACAUCACCAGUGUUCCUACUAAGCUACAUGGUGACAUUGCUGGAGUAAAUGUUAUCCAGGUCUCUUCCUAUGGGGACUGUUGUCUGGCUGUUUCAGAUGAAGGAGAUGUCUUUGGUUGGGGAAAUUCAGAAUACUUGCAGUUGGCAUCUGUCACAGAAACCACACAGGUGAAUGUUCCCAGACAUUUGCCAUUCAAGAUUGGGAAGAUAAAGGAGGCUGCCUGUGGAGGGACUGGCAAUGCUGUACUAACAGAAGAAGGAAAUGUUUUUGUCUGGGGAUAUGGAAUUCUUGGGAAAGGACCAAACCUAAUAGAGACAGCAGUGCCAGAGAGGAUCCCGCCCAGCCUUUUUGGCUGGUCAGACUUCAAUUCGGACAUCUGUGUUGCUCAUAUUCGCUGUGGACUCAGCCAGUUUGCCGCACUUACAAACAGAGGAGAACUGUUUGUAUGGGGCAAGAAUCUAAGAGGGUGCCUGGGAACUGGAAGAAUGGAAGACCAGUAUUUCCCGUGGAGGGUGACUGUGCCCGGUGAGGUGGUGGAUGUGGCGUGUGGAGUUGAUCAUAUGGUGAGCUUGGUCAAGUCUUUCACCUAGGAACGCUGCUGGGCCUCAGCACUGUCCCAGGGCAUUGGGGGGACUUGGUGAUGAGCUACUUGGAAAGGAAGACUCAUUCUGUGAAGCCAAGUGAUUGUGAGCAGAGACAGCCAUAGCAGUGCCUGGGUGUGUUGUCAUCUCUGCAUCGUUGAAACACUCUGCCCUGGCUGCAGGAAGCAAGCACAUUCCUUGAGUUUGGAAAUGCAAAGAGAGCUCUGGCUGGUUCGUGAUGAGCUCCCUGAGAAUCUGAGGCCCAGCCCCAAAGUGGUGAACCUCUCUGUGCCUGAGAAUGAAGAGCAUCUCCCUCAAGGAAGACUGGCAUGGGAUGAAAUCUACAGCAUAGGACACUGAUUUAUGGACACUCCCUGUCACCAGCUCUGGGGUGUCAGUGUUGAGCAGAGCCAAACUAUUUCUCAAGGGGAAGGGGUUUUUUUUAAUAGCUACUUUUUAUGUGGAAGAGAGGUUGUGCUGGCUGUUGAAGCCCAGCACAGUUGUCCUGAGUGGCCACCCCCAGCUGCACUGUGUCCCUGUGGAAACUGGACACACAGCUGGACACAGAGUGGUGGCCUAGAGGCAGUGGUGUGCCCGUGGGCUGUUGCAGUUUUCUGUGUCAGCACUAAAGGCUGAAUAGUUGAGGAACACAUUCAAAGAGUGAGAACCUGUUUGCAGGGGAAAGUACUGUUAAAUAAGAGCAGGGAAAGAUCAGUCCCAGGCUGUCUGUGCUGCUGUGGGAGGACAGAUAGAUGGUGACAGAAGCCCAUCUAGCCUAUCGUGGGAGGGAGGCUGGAAACAAAGUCCCUGUUCAGCUACCUGCCGACUUGGUGCUCAGGCAUGGAUCUCAGUAGUGCUCACUGCUCCUCAGGUACGUUCUCUUUUUGUGCUGAUCACACAUCUGAUUUUUUGAGGGGAGUCCCUGCACUCUCUUUUCAGAGGUACAGCAGCUCUCAGUUGCAAUUAGCUGGGGUUUUCAGGAUUGCCUAGCAGGGGAAGGAGUCUUAAUGGGUGAGAAGCAGAGCCUUGUUCCUUGAUACCUUCUUAGCAGUAAGGUGGUGGAAAUAGGAUGCAGCAGCUGUAUGUAUCUGUAGCAGGCACUUACCAAUUUCACAUCAAGAGUGGGAAACUGUCCCCUGUGAAACACUCCGAACAUCAGGCAGAGUUGUCUUUUCUCUCUGGGGGGUAAUUCUACUGUGCAAAUUAUUUUGUCAAAAUCCAAGCUGAUAUGUUUUAAAUAAAGUGAUUAUAAAGUCUU